AUGUCGACCCUCACCCGCGCAUUUACCAAGCGCAACAAGCGACCGGAAGUGUCGGCGCCCAUGCCGUAUCGCGGCGAAGGGCAUGUGCGAUUCAACUCGGGCUCCAUCAAACGGAGCAACAUCUCGGGCCCGGUUCAGUUGAUAUCAACCACCAACAUGCUCGCCUACAACGCACCCGACAUCCACUCCUCCAACUCCUCGUCCGCCUCGUCGUUGCGGUCGGGGGAUGACUUCGAUGCGGUGUCUCCGCACAGUUAUUCAUCCUCCAUCACGACUCCCGAUGUGUCGCCACAUGACUCUAUCCCCGUGGAUGCGAACGCUGCUUCGUACUUCCCCAAGCGCCCCGCUAGUCCUCAGCGGGCGCUGUCGCACACCAAGCGAUCGCACCAAGAGUUAGCCCGGAAGCGCUCCCAACAUCGCAUGUCGCCACCUCCAUUGGCUGCUCCACGCAGCAAUCCCACGAUCCGUGCCUCUCAGGACGUUUUCUUCCCCGAGACUCACCCGUUCAGCAAGGAGUUGGAGCAGGUCAAUGAGGUAGCGGAGGAGUUUGGGGCCACCCACCUGAUGGAUGAAGAAGAAAUGGUUUUGCAUCGCAAGGGACUGAAGAAGUUUACCGUCGACGAUUACCUCACCGAGAUUGAGGAUCUCUAUGGAAGCAUCUUUGACGACCGACUGGGACCUAUUAGCAUGGGCCCCUGGCUGUGA